GGGCCCGGGGCAGGCGGCGGCGAGUCGUGGUACCUGGCGCUGCUGGGCCUGGCCGAGCACUUCCGCACGUCCAGCCCGCCCAAGGUGCGCCUGUGUGUGCACUGUCUGCAGGCCGUGCUGCUCCGCAAGCCGCCGGCCCGCAUGGAGGCCCGUACGCACCUGCAGCUCGGCUCCGUGCUUUACCAUCACACGCGCAACGGCGACCAGGCCCGCGGACACCUCGAGAAGGCGUGGUUGAUAUCACAACAAAUUCCACAGUUUGAGGAUGUCAAAUUUGAAGCAGCGAGCCUCCUGUCCGAACUGUAUUGUCAAGAGAAUUCAGUCGAUGCAGCAAAGCCUCUGUUACGUAAAGCCAUCCAGAUUUCACAGCAGACCCCUUAUUGGCACUGUAGACUACUUUUUCAGCUUGCACAACUACAUACACUCGAGAAAGAUUUGGUAUCUGCCUGUGACCUGCUAGGAGUGGGAGCAGAGUAUGCCCGGGUAGUAGGAUCAGAAUAUACCAGGGCACUGUUUCUGCUCAGUAAAGGGAUGCUUCUUCUAAUGGAGCGAAAGCUGCAGGAAGUGCACCCGCUCCUCACUCUUUGUGGGCAAAUAGUUGAAAACUGGCAAGGAAACCCUAUCCAGAAAGAAUCCUUACGUGUGUUCUUCUUGGUGCUCCAGGUGACGCAUUACCUGGAUGCCGGGCAGGUAAAAAGUGUGAAGCCAUGUCUGAAGCAGCUCCAGCAGUGCAUUCAGACCAUAUCAACUCUGCAUGACGAUGAAAUCCUACCCAGCAACCCUGCUGAUCUCUUUCACUGGCUGCCCAAGGAACACAUGUGUGUGCUGGUCUACUUGGUGACUGUGAUGCAUUCCAUGCAAGCAGGAUACCUGGAGAAGGCACAGAAAUACACGGACAAAGCACUCAUGCAGUUGGAAAAGCUAAAAAUGCUGGACUGCAGUCCCAUCUUGUCAUCUUUCCAAGUUAUUUUGCUGGAACAUAUUAUCAUGUGUCGGCUUGUCACGGGACACAAAGCCACAGCAUUACAAGAGAUCUCACAAGUUUGUCAACUCUGCCAGCAGUCCCCAAGGCUGUUUUCCAAUCAUGCUGCUCAGCUACACACGCUGCUAGGACUCUAUUGUAUUUCUGUUAAUUGCAUGGACAAUGCAGAAGCACAGUUCACCACAGCGCUGAGGCUCACCACGCAUCAGGAAUUGUGGGCAUUUAUUGUGACAAACCUGGCCAGCGUGUACAUCAGGGAAGGCAACAGGCAUCAAGAGCUUUACAGCUUAUUGGAAAGGAUAAAUCCAGACCACAACUUUCCUGUGAGCUCUCACUGUCUCCGAGCAGCAGCUUUCUAUAUCCGAGGGCUUUUCUCCUUCUUUCAAGGAAGGUACAACGAAGCGAAACGAUUUUUGCGAGAGACACUGAAAAUGUCAAACGCAGAAGAUUUGAACCGAUUAACAGCCUGUUCUCUUGUACUCCUUGGUCACAUAUUUUACGUGCUGGGAAAUCACCGGGAAAGCAAUAACAUGGUAGUCCCAGCCAUGCAGCUUGCGAGCAAGAUCCCAGACAUGUCCGUGCAGCUGUGGUCUUCUGCUCUUCUGAGAGAUCUGAACAAAGCCUGUGGAAACGCCAUUGAUGCUCACGAGGCAGCGCAGAUGCAUCAGAACUUUUCACAGCAGCUUCUUCAGGACCAUAUUGAAGCUUGCAGUCUUCCAGAACACAACCUAAUCACGUGGACAGAUGGACCCCCUCCUGUACAGUUCCAGGCUCAGAAUGGACCCACCACCAGCCUGGCCAGUCUCCUGUGAGAGAAAAGCUACCAGGACAAUGUAUAACAGCAAACAAACAAAGCCAAAAAAGGAGAAAAGUUCAUGCGGAAAAGUUUUCUGCAGAGAAAAGACGGCAAAUUUCCAUAGUGCAGGCCUUUGUAGAGAGGAUGGCUUAAACCCAGCAUGCAUUUCAUACUCGCAAGGUGAAAAGGGCAUUUUAAGCUGCUUUUACCUAGUGUGGGAAUAUACAGCUAGCGUGUGUACAUACAUCCUGGUUUUAAUCUGUUCUCCUUUUAUUCAGAAUUAAGGUUUAGACAGAGGGAUACUUUUCUUAUUGUUGGAUCUUGUUUUAACAAAAAUAUAUAUUUUCACAAAAGAUGAAGAGAGCUUGCUCAGAUUAUAAAGCUGAUCACCUGCGAAACAUUUAACUCUAGCUGAAAUAUGCUGCUUUUUGAAUGUGCUUUCUAUGCCCCCUCUGCUCCCAGGAGCAGGUGGAGUGACUUGUGACUGACCAUAGGGUACAGCAAGCUUCAGACCUCAGUUCCUGUAUCAAGUAUUUGAGUGCUGGAAAUGCAGUCCCAUGAUGAAGAUGGUUAGAUCAAUUUGUUGACUCUUGCAUGUUGAUUUAGGGGUAGUCCUUCAUGACUGCAGGAGACCCUCACCCAACCCUGUGCUGAGGGGUUUGGCUUGCACUGCCUUCUGAGGAGCAGGAAAAUCCAUUUUACCUCCUGGAUGCAAAGGCCUCUUUGCAUCACCGGUAUGUGGGGUACCACACACCCUCCCAGCUUCUCUGGCAGUUUCCCACAAGGUAGGGCAGGACCAUAACCCCACCUAAGUCCACUACCUUUGGGUGAUGUGCACCGAUGGAAGACUAGGGAGGGAAAAAUUCCUUGGUUUCUGCUUGUCCCUCACAGGGGCUGCCCAAGUGGGAGAGGAAAGCACCUUCUGUCCUCCCCACUUCAUCGCAAGAGUCAAGCAGAAUCGGUCUCUCUCUCAUUCUGCUGAAGAGAGAAGCAAAAUAUAACGUAUAUCUUGGAAUAAAUGCAGCCCCCAAAUUCAGAUACGCAUAUCUGCCUGGAGGAGAAGCUUAGAGCUGGCUAAAGCAUUGGGGAAGCUUUGAAUUUCCAAACAGUUUUCCAUGUUAGGUGGCUUCUGGUUUUGCGUCCUUUUAGAAGCCUGUUUCUGCAAAGGUGUUCUUUCUUUCUCCAGAUGUGCAAUGCAGCUGUCUGUCUGAAGAAGAGGGGGAGAGAGCCCCAAAUUGUGGCCUCUUCCAUUCUGCAGAGCUUGAGAAUGGUCAGGGUUGUAGAUGGGAGAUGGAUCUGCGUGGGGAUUGGUAUGCAAUGUGGUGGAAAGCUCACUAGCUCACAAGGCUCAAGAAAUGGUUUUUCCUGCUGGCAGAUCUGCAAAUGUCAUUGAAGAAAAUGUCUGUCUGUCUUAGUGGGAAUAACAGGGGUCUUCUAACCAGAUGGGUACUGUGGGGUCUGUUAGGUGGGCUUUUAGGUGAUGCUAAUAAUUUAGGGGCAGGGCUUUGGCCCUGAAAUCUUAAUGCUGUUUCAUUUUGUAGGAAUGUUUGAGCAGUCUGUCUCAGGGGGUGGUUCUCUUCAAAGACUAGCAAAAUGUUAUGCCGCUGCUUUGCUUUUUAUAAGCAAUAUGACUACUGAGUGAUGUGGAAAGGACAAAGGUCCUGCCCAGGUAAUAGGCUGAGGUGUGUUCCCUCUGCUGGCCCAGCAGCAGCUGUGUAGAAACCCUGGUCUUGGAGCUGGAGUGAUGUGACCCCAAGCAGGUUUCAGGCUCCAUUUAGAUCUACCUUAGGGAGCUCUGCUUUCUCCAAACUUGGUGGAGAAGAGACUUUAAUUUCAGGCUUGCAAAAAAAAAGAAAAAAAAAGAAGGAAAAAAAGAAAGCUUUGUGCAGCUUGUAUCUGUUCACUUCUUUCCAGAUCUCAGAGGAUAAUAUCGUUUCUGGGAGUUGUGUGCUGGUGGUGCAUUUUAGGUAUUUUAUGCAGAUUGGAGCCCUAUGCUCCUAAUAGAUAAUUGCAGGUAGAAAUUGCUCUGUGACAGUUGGGACCACGCUCAUUUAUCUGUCACCUGGUCUGGGUGGCCAAUGCUGACGUGCCCUUAGUACACAUGGAGGCUUGUGUCAGCUGAUUUGUGGGGCACUCGACUGCGUGACUUUUUGAACAACAGCACUGCCACUUAGUGCUGUGCAGCACUCCUAUGACAGGUGCCAGUGGGACAGGGCUCCACAUAAGACUGCCUUGGCAACAGCAUUACAAGCUAGUGGUACAGUCUCAGAGGGUCUGUCCAGACCUAGGCAAGUGCUGGCAUUUGGUAGGAUUGCCACAAACUCGUCAGAACAUGGACAUUAGUAGAGCUGGCAAGAGAGCAAACGGUCAUUUUGUAUAGAUCCCAUAACUGGCAUGGCCAGUUGCCAUCUGGAUUUUGACCAGACAGACUCAGAAGUGACCCUGCUCCUGAAGAUGCCCACAGUCCUGUGUAGGGGUGGUGAACUCUAAGGUUGUCCUAACUCUUGGGCAGGAAACAGUCUCUCUCUUUACACCCCUACACCCAGCUUUUCAAAGUGCUUGGUGCACACCCUGGGAUAGAUUCCUCACACCAGAUAUUCAAAAGAAUUCAAAUCCCAUUGUUACACUAGACAGAAUAGCCAUAGUCUCUGUGGUGGUGGUCACUGCUCAGAAUAGGAGCUGCUUGGUGCUUGCGUCUUUUUAGAAGCAUGGUGCUAGCUGCAGGUGCUGGUCACUGGAGUAUCCUGUGUUUUAAUGCGUCUUGUUUUAGAUGAUCAGUGCUUAGGGUUGGCCGGAAUAUAUUACGAAGUGGGAUGGGAGGAUGCACAGCCUCUGCUGCAGGUAGGGAGUGCUUGUGUUUUGUUCAGAAACUGUCCAAAUUAGUGGGGGGGGGUUUAUACAGGUCUUCAGAGAGAGGCGCAGACAUUUCUCCUUCCCUCCUACGCUUCUGCCAAACAUACUCAGCCCUUACUUUGCCCAUCAUGUGUUCAUGCAACCAGAAGAAAAUCAUUUAAAAAGUUUAGGCAAACUAUUCACCCCCCUGGACAACUUAUUAGAGGAUUAUGGUUUGUCAGUGGUUCAAGGGAAAGGUGUCCACACAAGCUAGGCAUAUUCAGUAGAGGCCAACAUGUAGGUUGAUCAUGUUUGGAGAAGCAAUCUCAAGGUAUUGCUAUGUAAAGUUGAGCAGGGUUCAUGCAUUAUUCCAUUGUAGUGGCUGCUUUUCUAGUUUCUUGUUGGCAAUACCCUGGUGCAGAUAGGUUGCUUUGCAGAUCAAAUCCCUCUGUGCUCUUUCCCUGUGAGGGAAGAGGUGCUUUGGGAAAGACCUGCAAAUUUGUGCUGGCCUGUUACUGGUGUGCAUGUGCUUCCCAGUCCUUAACAGGAACCACUGACUAGAAAUUGUAGCUAAACUUCUUGUAAGGUCAUGGACAACAACUGGGGGGGUUCCUAGUCUGUGACUAGCUAAAUUGCUGCCUCUGCAAGGGAGGAUGGAGCAUCUUGUCUUCCACUCUCCUUGGGACAGCGGUGCCCUUGGUCAUGUCUGCUGACAGCUGAAAUCACCAAUCAUACCGCUCUCUUCCAAAAUCACACCCCCCUGCUAUUUCCUGCACCAAAUUUCACAGCUUGUGUACAUUUGAACUAACCUGGUACUUUUCUGUCUCUGGAUCCCAGUGUACAUUUGUUACAAUGUACAGUGCUUUUUGACUAUACUUGUAUAUUAAAUUAUUGAAUAGUUGUUUGCUUUUCAGAACUUUUUUUAUGUAGCACAGAUUUGAAAUGAGGAUCUUGUCAGUGAAGUUCUUCCUAAUUUAAUGUGCAUACAGUGUCUUCAGUCAUCUGUAUGUGAAGUUGAACAGAAAACUUCAAGUUUACAAAUAAUAUUUUCCUAAAUGCUCAGUGUGUCCAGCUUAAUUUGAAUAACACUUCAUAUUUCCAAUUUCAUGCUGUCCUUUAAUUCUCUAUAUGAUGCACAAAAUCUUUUUGAGUUUCUUAAAAAAUAUUCUUCUGAAAAUGAUUUGGAAAACUGUACAGUUUGUCUUUAGCAUUUUUUAAACGAAUAGUAAAACUUAAGCAGAAGCAUUUACUCAUGUAGAUAGUGUAAAAACUUAAAUAUAUAUAGAGAAUGCGAUCUGAAGAACAGUGUGUGCCUGUUAUACUUCAUUUCCUGCAGUAUGAACUUCAGAGAGGUUUGUAUACAUGGGAGAGACCAUUUAAAUUGGCUUACGAUUUUUUUUUUGCAGGGGGGAGGUGUAUGGAGGAGAGAUGUGAACUCUAGCCCCCAGUGUGCAUGCACACAACAUGAUACCAUGAGCAAAAAAAGUCUAUGUUGGAAAAGUCAAAUUAGAGCCUUGAAUUAUGUACCUAUGGACACACAGCAUUUGGCACAAUGCUAGAUUGUUUCACUGUUUGGAUUUCAAUCAGUUUUUCAGGUUACCCAAAUGGGAUAGUUGAUCUUUUUAUGAUAUAAAUUCUAAUUAAUGUUGCAUUUUACUUAAAUGUACAAGUUGCUGACAAAACUCCCUAACAUGUUUGAGUAUGUAUUAGCAUUAGUAACGUGUUGCGGUGCGUGCCACAGUUGUGCAGCUCUUGAGUGGAGAGGGAAAGCAAAUCCAUGUUUUGGUCUGUACAGAAAUCUUUAAUGAAAUCAGCAUGUGAAAUAACUCUUGUCUGUGCUCUUCUACUGUCUGUUUUAACAAGUGUGUGUUUGCUGCAAUGAAACUUUAAUGAUAUGUCAGGUCUGUACAAUGUGUUAUUACAUGUUUGUAGUUCUUCAGUAGCAGGACAUGGACCCUCUGCCAGUGCUUUUAUCCCAAACUGUAAAUACUGCAACUCAUGUAAUGAGACUUAACCUUAGGCUUUAGCUUGUUGUGUUUGGUUCUUCUCAUUUUCUAUGUUAGAAGAAUUUUUAAAUAAAGUUCAAUUUUGCCUUUUAA